GUCACCAACGUCCGCCAUAUUGAUGAGGAAAUAAGAGUAGGAACGUCCCGGACGCAUGUAAACAUCCACGUCAACGCAAAGUAUAUUAAUGAAACGGUUUUAGUGUCGGGGAAUAGCUUGCAUAUUGUCAUUGUCGUACCGACUGAUGUAUAAUUAAAGGACUGUUAAACACGCUAGUGUUUUAAGGCUUGCGCAAACAAUGACUUCCCUAACGCAGAGAAACUCGGGCCUAGUGCAGAGACGAACCGAGGCCUCGCGUAACGCCGCCGCUGAUAAGGAGAGGAGCUCGGAAGACGAUGAUUACGACUCUCGCCGCGGCGAUGAGGAAGAAGAAGACAAGGGAGACUCCAAAGAAACUCGACUGACAUUAAUGGAGGAGGUGUUGCUCCUCGGACUGAAGGAUCGAGAGGGUUAUACAUCGUUCUGGAACGACUGCAUCUCAUCUGGGCUUCGAGGUUGCAUGCUGAUCGAGUUGGCCUUACGGGGACGCCUGCAAUUGGAAGCCUCAGGGAUGAGGAGGAAAAGCCUGCUGACAAGAAAGGUUUUAUUUAAAUCGGAUUCUCCCACCGGAGACAUGCUGUUGGACGAGGCGUUAAAGCAUAUUAAAGAGACCCAGCCUCCAGAGACGGUUCAGAGCUGGAUCGAGUUGCUAAGUGGUGAAACUUGGAAUCCGUUAAAGCUGCACUACCAGUUGCGAAAUGUGCGAGAGCGCUUGGCUAAGAACUUGGUGGAAAAGGGCGUCCUCACCACUGAGAAACAAAACUUCCUGCUUUUUGACAUGACCACCCACCCGCUCACCAACAACACAAUCAAACAGCGGCUGGUUCGCAAGGUCCAGGAGGCCGUCCUGGAGAAAUGGGUCAACGAGCCCCAACGAAUGGAUAAGCGCAUGUUAGCGCUGCUGUUUCUGGCACAUUCCUCUGAUGUUCUAGAGAACGCCUUUGCUCCUCUGCUGGAUGACCAGUAUGAUCUGGCCAUGAAGAGGGUGCGGUUGCUCCUAGAUCUUGAUCCCGAGGCGGAGGCCGCCAAAUCGGGCACCAAUGAGCUGCUGUGGGCGGUAGUUGCUGCUUUCACCAAAUGAACCUCCAGAAUAGCGAGAAAGGGACUUGACUUUGUGCUCAUGGCAUUGGACUCGGGCCACCGGCCCCAAGCUUGGUUGAUUCAGACUAAUAUUGGUGAUGGUUAUGAUGGAAAUACAGUUUAUGAAGGAGAUGAGGAUGAUGAUACGAUAGAAGGGACCGCUCUUUUUCUCAUAGUCACGGAUCUGUCUCUGACCUUCACAAAGAUGUUGCCCCGUCUUCUUUUAAUGGCCAGUCGUUGCUACAUGAUUGCAGUUCACUGUGAGGCUUCUUGUAGUUCAUGAAUUUAGAUCAUGUAAGAACAAAAAGAGGGUGUUGAAGUAACUAGGCCAUGACUCUAAUCUUAAUCCAUACUUUAACAAUAAUCUCAGUCUCCAUGUAAAGAGAACAGCCACUACUUCCGAGUAUCCAGGCAUGAUGAUCUGUGGCUUCUCACUGACAGGGUUUAGAAAUGAAAAGAUCCUGUUUCAGUAGAAAAUGUUUGCAGUUCUGCAACCUGAUAUGGGGAAGAUUUUGAGUUGAAGGAAAUAAAUCAUUUCACAAUCCUGAAAUUCUGAAAGCAUCUGUUUUUCUCUAGUGCUAUAAAGUCUUCUUUCCAGAAGUCCUUUAAGAAUGCUUAAAGAAAAUCUCAUUUGUGCUAAUAUUUUGGUUUAAGAACAUUUGUUUGGUGAACACAUAAUCAUAUGUAGAAUGACUGUAACUUAAAAACAUUGAUAGAUUACUUACAGCCUUUUUGUUUAAGGGAUCAGAAUAUCCAGUUCAUGUUUCCAGUGUGGCCAAAGCUGAAGACUCGCACACCUACUUAUUAGUAUAUUGUGACAAUAUGUGUCUUAAUGCUGUACUACACCACAGGUCGAGGACACAAUGAACUCUCAUAAACAAUCCAAAUUUCUGGACACGAGUUGCCUCACGAAUGACAUUCAUUUCAAAGAAUGGCCAGUCAAACACUAGUAGAGCUUGCAGUGCCCUAACAUCCUGAAAGGCUACACGGAGGCCUUUCUAUUAGCAAACACUGCGUUCAUGUAUGGUCUUUUUAAAUCUGUUUUGCUUUCGCGUAGUCUGUACUUUCUGCUUUCAUUUUCAGUUUUUGUACAUUUAUUUUAAUCUUUUUUAUUUUGUUCUUCAGCUAUUAGCGAAAUACUUCUCCGAAUAGUCUAUCACGUUUUGCCAUGUCUGGUGUUGAUUGCUUGUCUCCUGUCCUGCAAGAGGUUGAGUGAAGUAAAUGGAGGGCUAUUCCCUUUCGGUCGAUGCAAACAGGUGUUUGACAUGGUUCUUUAACGAUGCUUGUCGAGCUAUUAAUGUAGAGAUGGUGUAAAAUGGAUGCCCUGAUUUGUACAUCUGCUUUUUACCAUAUAAUAAAAGAAUAUCUUUAAGUGCCUGAA